ACAUGGGAUUUACUGAUGACACCCGCCGCUCUUCCCCAACCCCUCAGGUUCAUGACAGAGGCAGCCCGCCGGGAGCAGGAGACCAUGAAGAAGAAGGCCACGCCCAAACUGUCCCUGUCCCUCACCGGCGGAGUGUCCAGGAAUAGCACGGCCACGCCUCCUCGACACACCAGCGGUAACCUGACGCCUCCCGUCACCCCCCCCAUCACUCCCUCCUCCUCCUUCCGCAGCAGCACACCUACAGGCAGUGAGUAUGACGAGGAGGAGGUAGACUACGAGGAGUCGGACAGCGACGAGUCGUGGACCACAGAGAGCGCCAUCAGCAGCGAGUCCAUCCUCAGCUCCAUGUGCAUGAAUGGGGGGGAGGAGAAGCCGUUCGCCUGCCCCGUCCCCGGCUGCAAGAAGAGAUACAAGAAUGUGAACGGCAUCAAGUAUCACGCCAAGAACGGCCACCGCACGCAGAUCCGCGUGAGGAAACCCUUCAAGUGUCGCUGCGGCAAGAGCUACAAGACCUCGCAGGGCCUGAGGCACCACACCAUCAACUUCCACCCGCCCGUCUCCACCGAGAUCCUGCGCAAGAUCCAAGGCUAGAGGCCGCCGCUCGCACAACUGGUCCGGACUUUCCUCACCCGACCCUUUUACCCCCCCCCCCCCCUCCCCCCCUAAAAGAUCAAGUGCGUGCUUUAACUUUUUUUUUUUUGUAACUUUUUUUCACCUUUUUUUCUUUUAAGUGCUACGUUAUUGUUUUCUACCCAUUGUAUAUCAAUUGUAUUUUUGAAGAAAACAUAUGUAUCUUUUUUUAUUUUUUUUUAUUCUUGUAUAUUUGCACAUUCGUAUAUAUAUGCUAUCACAUUGUUUUGUUCUCUAUUGUUUGACUUGCAUACGGUGCUAAAUGUAAACAACAGAAAGAAAAGACACAAAAACAAAAGUUAUGAAAGAAUUUGGGAAACGUAAAAGACGAGUGCAACCAAGCCCCGCCCCCCUGCCCACUCGCCUGUGAGUGGAGUGAAGUUGACGUUGGAGCUGAUCUGAGUUCAGCGGUCGUCUCACCGCCUUCACCGCAGAGAUUUCACUGAGCUCAGAUUUGUGCCUUUGCAGUAACUUCUGAGGGUUUCAGUGCGAAAGUUAAGUUAUACUUUAAAUAGAUGUAUUCAUAUAUAAACAAUAGAAAGAUACGUAUGUGUACAUAAAAAUAUAUAAAAGUAUUCAUGAGCAUAGACAUAUAGUUACACUUUAUUUUCAAGCUUUAUUUUAUAUAUAUUCAAUUUUCUUUUGUCUGUUCUUGCAUCAGAAAGUGUUUUUUUAUUCCUUAUUUGGUCAACGGUCAAAUAGCCAAACCUUCUCCCGCAACGCCCGAGAGGCAGAGAGCCACUCUUGGGUUAUGUGCGAUCGAGAAGGACCUCUCAGAACGCGGCACAGGCCGACAAUCCAUAUGUUGAACACUUCCCCCCCGCUGGGGGCCAUCCGUGUGUCAUCCGUGUGUUUCAUAUGUCCACGGUUUCCUCACUCAGAGUGCCAGAGCUGUGUUCAAAAGACUUAGCCGCAAAAGUCGGUUAAGCAUCAUGUUCUAUUCCAGUUGCCAAGAUCUGUGUUGUUGAUCAGUUUUUUUUUUUUUUUUAAACAUGUUGCCAACAGCUCUCCACUGCCAAACACUGACCAUACCAUGUGCCUGAUGGGGGGAGGGAGGGAGGGAGGGAGGUGUGCGGGAGUUAAAAUGGUUUUGCCAAACGACUUCCCGUCUCCAGAUGCGCAUGAUUGGAUGUUCAUCGACGGAAUGUUUUCAUGCAUGCUUUCUGUGUCGUGAGAAGAGGAAUAGCGCGUGAAAGGAGAUUUGUAUUUGAAAGAGAUUAUCACCUGUGUGUGUGUGCGUGCGUGUGUGCGUCAUGCACGUGUUUCUUAAGCAGCAUCCAAGUCAUCAGCCUGUAGUGUUACUGUGUUGUGUGUGUGUGUGUGUGUAUGUGUGUGUGUCAGUGGUUAGAUCUGUUGUGUGUGUGCGCGUCAUGCUGCUGGUUCGACUCCUGUGGCGCAGGAUGAUGGCCGGCAGUGUUGCGUAAUGUUGUGUAGCGGUAGUCAACCUGUUGCCCCUGACUAGAAAUCCUUCAUUGGCUCUAUGAGAAACAAGAGCGAACGCACAACGUUCCAACACACAUUCCACACGAUCGUGCUCGCAAGUUUGAAACCUGCAGGAUGUUUUUUUGUUUUCUCCCCACCCUUUGAGUGAAGGGUACGGUGACCUCUGACCUGCACACACCCUCCUGUCCUCCAGGCUGCUGUUGCCAUGGGAACCACUGGGUUAGCAUGGCUGGGAGACUUAUUUUAAUAGACCUUUUGAUACUUCAUUUUUAAGUCUUUACAGGAGGGACAGCAGAAUUGUUUCUGGUAUUUGUUUAUUUAAAUUAUUUCUGGGGGUUGAAUAAACAAAUUAUUUAACUCUUAAUUCCUAUUCAAUAUACUAUUAUGGUUAUUGCAAUUACUUAAAACGCCUUCAACUUGUGUGCUACCUAACAAUAAGCAGAAGUGUGUGUGUGUGUGUCCCUGAAAGACAUCCGUAUCCAUUCCAACGCCCCGAUAAGUGAACCAGCAUCUCCCAAGCGUAGGUAACCCUCUCAACGUGCGUCCAUGGUCUUUCUACCCCGACAGGAACCCUGAGAUAAUGGUUCGCGUGCGAUAGAAGAGGCUUCAUUCCUGCCUGUUUUCUUUUUUUUUUUUUUUCCCGGGGGGGGCGGAGGAGGAGGAAGAGUUUCCGCGGCAGAGGCGGGUUGAGAUGGACGGCGACUGAGAGUCUGCUGUCGGGAGCUCUGUCAAACACUCGUAAAAACCAUCCCCGCUUCAUGGACACCCCCGUCACCAUGGCAGUAGUUUCAGCUCGACACAGGGUCCAAUUGCAGUAUUACACAUGUGGGAGAGGAGGAGGGGGGGCUGUGUGCAGAAGGAGGAGGGAUUUCAAUAUACUGUGUACAGUGAAUGUAUUGUAACGUGUCUGUCAAGUGCUUUUAAAUUAUAUUUUCGUAUGUAACGUGGAGACCAAUGUUUCCUUUUUGUACGGGGGGCGCGCAACUGGUUCUGAGCAGAGUGACUUGUAAACGAUGUCAAACUGUCUUUCUAUAUAUAAAAAAAAAAAAAAAA